AUGUCGAUACCCGCGGUGCCGUCAUUCUCAACGAAGAGUCCCCAGAGACUCGCCGGUCAAAGCCUGCGGCUCAACGACGUUCCUCAAAACGGAGAACUAUACGCUGACUUUUGGGAUCCAGACGCGAGACAGCAGAGGCAUCUAUCUCCCAAACCACAUUGA